AACACAACUUGUGUGCUCCUGCUUUUGCAACACCUACGUUGCAGAUCAGUGAUAUCUUUACUUCAAACCCUGUGAGACUGUCACAUAUAAACAACACGAUGACAGCUGCUGGUGACGUAAAGGAAACUGUUAUUUUAGUGCCGUCUAAUACCUAAUUUUAACCACCGUGGUUUGUUAUAUGUUGACCAUAGAGCAUCAAGAACUAGACUAGAAGAUUUACAGACAAAACUUACAAGCAUGGAUGUCAUCUUCAAGGAAGGGAAGCUGUACCUUCAGGGGGUCAAGUUUGGAAAGAGAACAUGGCGAAAAAUAUGGAUGGUGCUUUUUAAACCCAGCUCCACGGGGGUCGGGAGAUUGGAGCUCUCUACUGUAUGUGACAACAAUGCUGCUACUGACCAGAGGAAGAUCGGUUGGAAUAAAGCACCUGAAAGAAAAGUGGUGCGUCUAAGCGACUGCCUCAGUGUCCUCCCUGCACCUAAAGAGUCUUGCCCCUCUGGAUGCACCGCCUUCUGCUUAAACACCACUCAGUGCACCUACACGCUGGCCUCCAAGACAAGCCAGGACUGGCUAAAUGCCCUCUGUCUUCUGGCCUUUCAGAAGGAUCCCAGGGAAUCAGACAAAGGGACUUUCGAGAAAGGAAAUAGCUUGACCAUGGAGGACAAUGACCUUUACUCAUCCUGGAAUACUGAUCUGACUCUUCCUCCAAACCAGUACCAAGUGACUGUCCACAGCACAGAGGCAUCCAGGAGGUGCAAGCUGGCUGGGGAGUAUCUGGUCUCCCCAGAAGAAGAGGCUGUCAUACUGCUGGCCAUCAAUACUGGUCACAUAUUCUAUCGUUGGCCAUACAGACUCUUACGCAAAUUUGGACAGGUUGAGGGUGGAUUCAGCAUUGAAGCUGGCCGUCGCUGUGAGUCAGGAGAAGGCGUCUUCAUCUUCCUGUCCAGGCAUGGGCCCAAGAUCUUCCAGGCUAUUUUAAAGCAGUGCUCUGCAGAGGGGAGGCCUGAUGUCCAGCCAUUUAAAUCCCAUAGAAGAUCCCUAUCCGACCAGUCUCCUAUUAUCCUCCCAACUACAACCGACCAGUCCGCUGGUCGCCAUGUCCACAGUUCUGCAGAUGUUUCUGCUGACAGAGAUGACGAGUCUGCUAACCACUACUCUACUAUUAAUGACACCACUGUACUAAAUCUGAAGCGGUUAUCUCUUUGCAAACCUCAUCUCUCUAACAGCAAGGAGGAUGAGAUUGAGCGGUGUCAUUCCCUGGAUAGUGAGGACAUUUAUUGCAACCUAAGGAGAGCCACAGCCGCUGAGAUCAGAUAUAAUGAGUCCACACCUAAGGUGGAUUCAGAGUGCAUUUAUUCAGACCUGAAUAAACACGAUUAUCCCUCAAAACAGCAUCUCCAGCCCUUCCCCUUCCCCCCUCCCUGCCCACCUCUCUUCGAGCUUGCUCCCCCAUGCCCUCCCUGCAUCCUUCCCCAGUCUCUACCCUACGCCGCACCCAAGCCCAGAUACCAGCGCCAGCCCCCUGUGAAUAACUACAUCCAGCCAGUGUACAAUGCACAGGCACAGGCGGUGGGUGACAUGAAGGAGAUGGAGGAGGCCAUCAGCUCCUCUAGCAGUGUUACCCCCUCAGAGGCCCCUGGCAGUUUUAAACACAGGCUGGCAGAAAUCAUUUCUAAGGACCUGGCAAAGUUCCAGCCACCUCUUCCCUCCAGAGAGGGCAGCCCCACAUUUUCUCAGUAGGCUUUUAGUUAACAGAAAGACUUGGAGGAGCAAUUUUAACCAUGAUGGACUAUUAUGAAGCAUAAUUAGUUUCUUAAUUUCUUUGAAAUCCUCUCCACUGGGAACAUUUGGCAUCCGAUUUUGGCUUGCAGAUGUUUGUUUGUUUAUCUGUAGCCUAUUGUAUGAAAAACACAUCUGGAAUACAUUUUAUUCUGUUGAUUGUUUUUGCAUAAAGAGAAUUCAAGUUGUUCUUCACUGCUGGAAUGGCAUAAAGAAGCCACAAUAUAUGUGACAUAAGUGUAAAACUGAAUGAACACUUGACUGCUGGGCUGUUUUAUUAUGGAAAUAGUUUAGAAAAAAAAUAUGUUCCCUUGUUAUAUUAAGUGAGUUAAACAUCUUUGAAAAUAGCUUCUUCUUAUGUUUUUUUCUCUUUAAUUUCCUCUCUCAAAAGACAAUAAGAGGUUUUUGUCAUAAAAAAGGCAGUUUUGCAACUACUGCAUUUUGAAUGCUAGAGAAAAGAAAGAUAGAGAAAUGUUUAAACA